UAAUAAGCUCUUUGUAAGAAAUCAUAAAACUCUCGUUUAUUGUACGUACAGAACACCAAAUAUGAAAUUUCUACCUGAAUUUGCUUUAUGUUGGGGUGGUGCAACCAUCACCCCAACAGCGAUCAACGCCGCUAUUCCUGACGAGGAGAGGAAUAGCGGCGAAGUUACAACUCCUUCCGCUAUACGCAGCGGAAGGGAGAGAAGGAUAGUAAAAUCCAGAAAUGGAGCGAAUUGGAAACCGGCGCUUCGAGUAAUAGCAGAAGAAAGAGUGAUGUCUGAUAUUGUUGUUGACGGUAACGGAAGAGGAAGAAAAGAACGUGCUGUUGUUCCUCCGUCUUCCUGCGCCAAAUCUGCUGCUAAGGUUAAAGCUAAAUCAAUUGCUAGAUCUAAAUUAUCAUCUAGACACGGCGACGAUUACUGGAAAUCGGCAGGUCCGAUGGCUGUGCCGGCGUUUGCUCCGACGGCAUUUUUAUUCUGAGAUUUGUAACUAUGUUGUAGUAUAUAUGAAUGAAUGAAUUGUGAAUAUUAGUGAUUCAUAUUUUUGGAACUUUGGAGUAUAUAUUUUCUCCCUUUUGUUUUAUCUUUUGUACUAUUG